CUCCCAUUAUCCGCAGGACUUCCCGCGACACAUUCUUACGGCCUGAUUCAGCCUCCUCCUGGUACACCGGGGCAGCGCGUGUGUCUGUGGUCUGUGCGUCAUAAAAGUCAUCCACCUGUUUCAGUUUUGAAUUGCUCUGCGGAAGUCCUGAAGAUGAUUUUGAAAAUAUUUACCCUAUUACUUCUUGUAACCAGUACACUAUCCCAUGUUCAAUCAACUGACGAUAGGUCAGACAUUGUGGAAAGAGGUCAUCAAGUUCUAGAGGAGUUUUAUCAUCGUUACUCUAAUUAUGAGGUAGAUCUUGUAUUUGUCUUGGACCGGUCAGCAAGCGUGAUGACCGAGGGUUGGGGAGCUAUGCUUGCCUUUGUCAGGUCAGUUCUCCAACAUUUCACAGUGGACAAUGAUAAUACCCGGGUUGCCAUAGUAACAUACAGCACAGUACCAAGUGUGGACAUAAAUGACCUUGGUGAAACUUUGGAGGACAAGUGUUCGCUGAUGAGGAGGAUAAGACAGAAGUUGACGCGACAUCAGCUGUCUGGCUUCACUGCAACACACGAUGCCCUUGUGACAACUCGGAACAUCCUAUACUCAUCUCGCCGGCGUGCCAAGAAGGCAGUGUUUGUGUUGACAGAUGGGCGGUCCAAUAUCGGGCUACCCCCUGUCCGUGCAUCUGUGGAGCUCCGGUCUCUUCAGUGGAAUUCUACAUGGAACGUCUCCGUUGGGGGUCCACAGCUAGAGAUCUAUGCCUUCGGGAUUCAGAAUGCUGUUUCCUCAGAGCUAGCUUCCAUUGCCUCUCCCCUCCAAAAUCAUACUUACCAUCUACCAAACUUCAGAGCGUUUGAACAACUUGCCCGUUCUCUUCAUCGAGACCAACAGAUUGAGAACUGGCAUCUCCUGUCUGAUCGAUCAUUGUGUCACAUGGGCUGUUCUGAGCAUGCUCACUGUGCCUGCGGAACGAGGUCAGGUGACUACCAUUGUGUCUGUAAAGCGGGUUACCAUGGUAAUGGUCUUAAAUGUGAGGCCUGUUCUAUUGGCUUCUACAAACAGGGACUUAUUCCUGGCAGGUGCCACCCGUGUCCAGCCCAUUCUGAGACCAGGUCCCUAGGGGCCUAUUCCCUCCAGCAGUGUCUAUGCAAAUCUCCAUACUACCGAGAGGAUCAAGGGAUGCCUUGUCAGUUACAACAAUGUGAGGAGUUACCCAGCAUUCCCCACGGUAGGAAGUUCCAAGUUCAAGGCCGUGUACAUGAUGAGCGACCAGACAGUGGUGUUUCAUGUGACAACCUCCCUGACAACUCAUGUCACUACCAGUGUAGCCAUGGCUACAGACUGACGGGCCACCCAGGUCUUAUCUGCCUUCCAAAUGGAACAUGGCAGGGUCAGGUCCCUAGUUGUCAAGUGAUAGACUGUCAAAGCUUGGAUUUUCACCAACAGGAAGUGACACAUGGCGUGACAACCUACACCAAUAACAGUACCAUAUAUGGCUCCACUCUGGCUGUAACAUGUGAUCGAGGCUGGCGAGCGUUUGGGGACACACUGAGGACUUGUAACCAUCAUGGAACUUGGUCUGGUACAAGGACUUGGUGUGUAGAAUCCAAAUGUCCUCCUUUGCCCCCAAUUUCACAAGGGCAGAUAACUCCAGAAAGCUGCAGUCAAGGUCGCCAGAUGCCAGGCCAGGUGUGUAGUUACAUGUGUAACCAUGGCUACCAGAUUCAUGGUCCUGCAGCUCAGACAUGUGACCUAUUUGGACAUUGGACACUGGCUCUGAAUACCUCCUGUGUUGAUGUGGAGCCACCAGUCAUUAUCUGCCCGGACGACAUCAGAGUCCCCAUCACUGAGGGCAACUUCACCUUCGUACACUGGCAAGACAAGAUGCCAAAGGUCAUGGACAAUUCAGGAGAGGUCACAACUAAACCAACUGUUUGGAAGGAAAGUCCUGCUAAAAUGGCUUCUGGUUACCAUCAGAUAGAGUUCAUGGCUGAGGACAAAACAGGCAACCAGGCCUUCUGUACUUUAGGGAUCCUGGUUGUGGAGAGAACUGUUCAGAACACCUUCUGUCCUGGCAACAUAACCAGAGUUGAUGUGGCUGGAUACAAAACACAAGUUACUUGGCAACCACCUGUGUUCCUUGACAACAACAAUGACAGUGUUGAGUUUUACUGUAACCCUCAGAGUGGAACUCUUUUCUCCAUGGCAGCACACAGUGUGUUCUGUGAACCUCUAAUGCAGGGACAGACAGCCAGCUGUCAAUUCUACAUUAGUCUCACAAGGCGACAGUGUGACUACCCCCGACCACCUAGACACGGCAGCCUGAUCUGUCCACAGACUUCCGACUAUCUGAUGCAGUGUAUUGUACAGUGUAACGACCAAUAUGACUUCUUUGACUUUCCCCAAGAAGUCUACAACUGUCAACUAAAUGGCCAGUGGUCACUCAGCGAUGGUCAGUUCUGGCCAGACUGCUCAGAGAAGCAUUUCCCUGGGCUGGCAGUGAUGCAGUCGGAGUAUGAGUACUACUACUACAGCGGCGACUGUGAGGACGUGAAACAGCAGGUAGUGGAAAGGUUCCUCACCAAGAUCAGAUCAGUUACACAGCAGAUGUGUGGCAAAGUCCAGUGUGACACAGGGGAAGUCACUGUGAAUUGUGGGGCAGUAUCUCGCAAACGGCGUGCAACUGUUUUUGAUACUGCUAACGAAAGAGACACAUCAAGAUUUAAAAGAGAAUUAACUCAUGCAGGAAGCGAUAACUCCUCCAGCCCAGCAGAUGAUGGUCGACAUGAGUUGACCGUUCACUUUGCUGUAAAUGCUAGCGCUGAAACUUACAACAACACACUCCGAGGGCAGAGAAUGAUCUUACUGACAUUGCGCCGGAUUGAGAUGGUAGUACAGCGCUACUUCGGGAGCGAGAACUUCACAGUGACUGACCCUGCCAACAACAAGUCCACAGAUAUGUUUCUGAGUGAGAACUAUCACCCUAUAUAUGGCCGCAAGUUUGAGGACUGUGGCCGGGGCUUUGUCACCAAAGUGUUAAAUAUCCACUUUGUGUCCUGUGUUGCCUGUCCUGUUGGAAUGUUCCAUGAUGAGAAUGAGGAUACAUGUAAGUCAUGUCCACAAAGAAUGUACCAAGACAAGGAGGGGAGUGUGGACUGUAAAUCCUGUCCUGGGGACACUAUGACCUUGACCUCUGGAGCAGAUAAUGUUACCAAAUGUUUAGAGAGGUGUCCCGUUGGGCACUACUCUUCGACUGGACUGGAGCCCUGUUCUCUGUGUGGUGUCGGGUCAUACCAGGAGGUCAGAGGUCAGAUGUCUUGUAAAGCCUGUCCAGUAAACACUACAAACAUGCCGGGACAUACAGAGACUAUCGGCAGCUGUAAAGAGAGGUGUAGUGCAGGGACAUACAACUCCAGCUCUGGACUCCAUCCAUGUUUGCCUUGUCCUGUGGGGACUUUCCAGUCUGACACCGGAUCACUCAGUUGUAUUUUAUGUCCAAGCAAUAUGACAACACUGACUCCAGGGACUACUGAUGUCGAUGUCUGUCAGGCAUUUGACUUUUGUGAGGAUAUUACCCAGGACAGCUGUAACAAUGGUGACUGUGUUUCUCUAGUGGAUGGCUAUUUGUGUGACUGUCACAGAGGGUACACUGGUGACACCUGUGAUAUAGAGAUCAAUGAGUGUGAUGCUGGUCCUUGUCUGUACAACUCUACCUGUCAGGACCUCGUGGACGGCUUCCUGUGUCUGUGUCAACCUACCUAUACAGGUGAGAGAUGUGAGACACGGGUGAGUCUGUGUGACUCCAGUCCCUGUGAGAAUGGUGGGUCCUGUGAGGAUACAGACCAGGGCUAUCACUGCUACUGUCCAUUUUCCUACACCGGGAGUCUUUGUCAGAGUUAUCUCCCCUGUGCCACCAGACCUUGUGACCAUGGUAACUGUGAGACUGUCGGCCCAAACUUCAGAUGCAGAUGUCAUCCUGGAUUUAUAGGUGAACUCUGUGACCAGCCUGACCACUGUGUGUCCCGACCUUGUAGAAACGGAGGGACAUGUACUUCCAGGCCAACAGAUCACGUCUGUAGUUGUAUACUGGAGUACACAGGUCUGGUUUGUGAGACCCCCAGCAAUGAGACCUGUGUUGGGGUGGUAUGUCUGAAUGGAGGGGUGUGUAGAGUUGUCGACCGUCAACCCCUCUGUAGGUGUGUACCAGGCUAUGGAGGUCAGCAGUGUGAACAAGUAAUUUCCCCUAAUUUUGACCUGGUGUUUGACCCUUUGGGGUCUCCUGGGUCUGUGCUGUUUCGCCCUGGCCCAGGGGAUCUGAAGUCUGUCACAGCUUGUAUGUGGAUAAGGACCCAGGACACCAUGAACUAUGGUACACCAUUCUCCUAUGCUGUGGAGACCAAUGAAUUAGCCUGGAAGGAGGGUAACAUGUUUACUCUAACAGACUACGGACAACUUAAGUUAUACAUCCAUGGCGAUGUUGCUGUGACCACUGUCAGGGUGAAUGAUGGGAGGUGGCAGCAUUUGUGUGUGGCGUGGCAGAGCAGUGGCGGCCUCUGGUGGAUGUAUGUCAACGGAACAAUAGCACACAGGGGAGAUAACUUGGCACAAGGUGACACCAUUCCAGGGGAGGGAUACUUGGUCCUAGGACAGAAACAACACACUGCUGGCGAUUCCUUUAGUAGCUCAGAGGCCUUUAUUGGGGAACUGUCACAGUUCAAUGUUUUUGAUCGAGUGCUUGAUAAUGAAGAUAUUAUGAGGUUAGCCAAUCAAAACAUCUGUAACAAAACGUAUGGAAAUGUUGUGGCUUGGACAGAGGUUGUGGGAAAUCACCAUGGUAACGUCAGAAUUCGGAGAGGUAGUCACUGCCUCGAUGUAAAUGAAUGUCUAUCUCCAUUGUCCAACAACUGUAUUCUACACAGACAUUGCACAGACCUGAUUGGUGGGUUUGAGUGUAAGAACUGUAGCUAUGGUUACCAGGGGGAUCACUGUGAUGAGUCAAUCAAUGAAUGCCAUUUGGGAGUAUGCCAGAAUGAGGCUGCAUGUAUGGAUGGACCUCUUCCUUUUGAUUUUCACUGUGAUUGCAGACAUGGGUACACAGGAGCCAGCUGUGAGGUGGUGAUCAACGUGUGUGACUCCAGUCCAUGCCAGGCUAACAGUACCUGUGUGUCAGGGUCAGAUGGAGGCCACACCUGUCUCUGUCCUCCAGGGGUCACCCACUGUGAUGCUGCCUUUAGAACUUGUUACUUAGGCUACUGUCAGAACAAUGCCAUCUGUAACCUAACCCAAUCCAACCAGCCACAGUGUGUAUGUCCUCUAGGCUUUCAAGGUCAGUUUUGUGAGGUCAAGGUCAUUGGUUGUCGUGGAGAUCCUUGUCAGAAUGAUGGCACUUGUACAACCACAAGUAAUGGAUAUAAGUGUCACUGUAGAAACUCAUGGAAAGGUGAUAACUGCGAGAUAGCAUUUUCACCAAACUGUGAUAUGUAUCCCUGUCUGAACAAUGGCACAUGUGUUGUCUCCCCUGACCAGGAGUUAGGGUAUACAUGUGAGUGUGGAUCUUCACCUGGGUUGACAAGGGGACCGAACUGUGAACACAACCCUUGUGAAAUGAAUCCUUGUCAGAACUCUGGGACGUGUAUCCUUCUGGCCGACAACAGCUACAGCUGUCUUUGUCCAGUUAACAUAACCGGUCAGCGGUGUGAGGGGGAUCCCAUUAAACUGAAAACUCCCAAGGGGACACAAUUCUCCUUGGAAAUAACCACAAACACCCAGACCAAGACAACAACAUUAAAAUAUGCAGGUGAUGAAAAGUCCUGUUCGACUGUGGUGUGUGAUAAUGGAGGGACAUGUAUAGCCAGACAAGGACAGGAUCAUUGUAUAUGUACACUAGACUACACAGGGAGGGACUGUACCAGGUACAGACAGAGAGUAACCAAGGAGUAUCAAGCCACCAUCUUGGUGAAGAAACCUUAUCACACGUUCUACAAACAUGGCUGGCUUUUCAAACACAACUUUACCAAAGAGGUCAGUAUGCUGUACUCUGGGAUGGUUAAUGCUGAGGACCGGGUACAGGCUUACAACAUUUAUAUCAGACCUGGUCGACGGCAGCACAAGAUGAUGGUGACCUACACACUGCUGUAUACUAAGUUCCUGGACAGCGAGGGGCCAACCCUGACCAUGGUCAACCUCCGGCAGGUACUAGAGGACAGUCUGCUAAGUGGCUUUCUAGGGAGUCUCCCUGUAUCCCACAAAAAGUUCUCCUUCAAGGCCCUGUCUGACGAAGAAACAUCAAAGAAAAAAGGAUCUGACCCUGGCAAAGACACUGUGACCUACUUAGUAGCUGGUAUCAUCUUUCUGCUGCUGAGUCUCAUCAUACUGGCCGUAUUUGUGGUGGUUCGGCUGAGGAGGGUCGCUUAUAGUCGCACAUCCAAGUUGAUGCAAAGAGUGAGGCUCAACAACACAAACAAUUUGUCACUACAGCUGCUGUCUAACCCGGUGUUUGAUGACCUUGCUGACCGCCAGCCUUCAGAUAACAUGUAUGCUGAGCUGAGUGACUCUGCCAUUGAUCCCUAUUGUGUGAGCACCAAAUCUGAGAUACAGCGAGGAUCCUCAACCUACUCCUCCAAACGCAGCAACAAGGAGUGUAACCUAGAGAAGGAAGCUGCUCGUAAAACCUCGGAACUCUCCGACACUGCCGGUGACUGUGCCAAAAAAUUAGGUACUCACUACGACUCGGUGUUCUCUGACGGGGACAGCUACAUUAGCCCAUUACACAACAAAAACCAGAUCGAAUACACAAACUUGAGGGAGAAAAAUGAAAACAAAAAACUUCUUCCCUUGUCGGGAAAACUGGAGAAACGUUGUGAUGUAGUCCCGUCUGAUUCGGAACAUGACAUGGAGAGUGGUGGGUUUGAGCCGACCAGCGGAAGCUUCGACAGUAAGGAGGAUAAUGAGCCCAAGGUUAACAACUCUGUUGAUACGGAAACCAAGAAGGAUAAUUUACAGAGCAGUAUAGCUGAUACAGGAAAUGUACGUCCUUCAAUACCAUCAUAUGCAAAUACAGCUACAGAAAAGAUAACUGAGAAAGACUCUAAAUCUCACAUGUAUGCCUAUAGCUAUGCUGACUUGCCUGUGGAGAGGGCAAACAACUAUUUUCCCUCUACAACAUGUGUGCAGAAAGUCAACACUGGUACAUCCCCUGACCCGGUACAGGUGAAAUCUAGUACAGAUAUGGCCUUCAAUUUUACAUCUGGAGACAUCCAUACUUAUAACAACUCCCUCGAAGCAAAGGUGCAAACUCAGCCGCUUGAAGUCACAUAUGACAUUCCACAGUCACAACACACUGAAACAUCUGUGGCAAAUAGGGAUAAAUUACCCACACCAAAGAAGGUUUCAAGGUCAAAUAAGGACAAUGAGAAAAAUCCAGCCAAGAAAAAGGGCAACACCUCCAUAAUGAGGACAGAGUCUGCCAGCCAGACAGAUUAUGUAGAUAUGACGAAUGGUCUUGUGCUAGACAAAGUCAUUCGUUGGCGACGCAAGAGGUCCGGGGAGACAGCUGCAAAAAAACUGGAUGAUGAAGAUUACAACUAUGUUGAGCCUAACAUCCCAGACCCGAAACAUAAACAGUCUGGCAGCAAGAUCAUCAGGCAGGACUCAGCCAGCCAAACAGAUUACCUGGAUAUGACUGGGGGAAAGUUGUUGUCCCAAUUCAGUUGCAGAACAUCAAAAAUCACAGAAUCUAACCGGGAAUCUUUCCGACGAAAGUCCAUGCAUGACUAUCUGGAAGUCCUGCCUGGAGAGUAUAAGGAUGAGGACGGCGGUCAAACAUCCACUCUUCAUCGCCCAGUUAAAACCUCAGGUCUGUCAGAGUCGGUCUCCACCUCUACACUGCCUAGAGCAACCAAAAAGCCUGUCCUCUCAGGGUCCGCUUCCAUUUCCUCACUUUCAAAAAUAGGAAGAAAAGAUAUGUCAAAAAGACAGUUACCUCCCCUGCCCAGGCACGCUGAAGUGUAGACAGUGGCAUCCUCUGCCCAUGCACGGCUUACUGGAUACAGUUGUUUUCCCUGACAUUAAAAUGUGUUGUAAAAUAGUAAUAUGUUCAUGUUAAGGUGCAUAAGGGAACUCAGUUGAAUGUUUUUCACAAGGUUCAUACCAGUGGCCACAAACCGAGUUUUACAGCAGUAUCAUUCAGUUACAGAUAUAGUUCAAGAGCUUGAGCAGAAAAAGGUUGCCCUAUGACUUUUAUAAUUGUCGGAAUAUUGUACUUAAUGGAGUUCAAAUGAUCAAUGCGUGUCAGUUUUUUUAGUGCUAAAAAAACUGAAGAUAUAUCCAAGAUUGCACCCAAUAUAUAAUCGAUCAAACUAUUCCAUGUAUACAGCUAGUGCUCCGAAAUUAACAGUACAAACAGAUGGAAAACCUGGGUAACAAAGUGUAGAGGGCGAUCCUCGUUAACCUCACCGCCAGCAUGCCAGACGUAUAUACGUACAUAUCUAUAUAAACAAACCUUGUUGAUAUUCUCCCAUUGUCGUAUCCCGGUGGAGCAUUUGACCCGUGAUAUAAUCAGUAUAUAUGUGAUAUAAUCACUAUAUAUGUGUAUCUAUCAUUUUAUGAUAAAUAUUCUAUUUAUUCUGUUCAACUUUGUUAUGUAUCUUUUAACCCUAUGUCGAUUGUACUGCUAAUUAACAUUUGCUGGUGGUAGGUGUCCUUGGUCCCCGAGAGUAUAGGUGGUGUGUACCAGGAUCUGUACCUAUGACAUCAGAUGUUUAACCAAGGUGAACCAGGAUUUAAAUGAGAUGAAUCAUAACAUGUUAAUCAUAUCUAUUGAAUAUAAUAUAUAUUCGAGGCCUAAUAACCUUCUAGAGGGAAAUCCUACAAAAUGUUUCCUCUUCUAUCAUAAGUGAAUUUGUCUCACCUUAAUUUUGGGCUUUCAUAAAAUUUCCCCCAAACCAUAAAAACCAUCCGCUAUACCAGUACACGUUUCGUUACUGUGUCAGUUUUAUGUUGUUGUCCUUGUAAGUUGAUGCUAUUGUGUAACUUAGAAUAUUUAACGUUAAAGCAAUGAAUGUUCUAUACAGGAAGGUACUGAAUGUUCAAUACAGGAAGGUACUAAUUUACAAAUGUGUAGUCAAGCUAAUUUUUAACAUCACAUAUGUAGUAUUUAGACUUCAUACAAAUUCAAAUUGAUUUAUGCAUUUUAACAUUAUAGCUGAACAUAAUUGAAAAAUUGUAAUUUGCAGUAACCAAUAAAAAUAACAAAAUAAAUCAUACCUGAUCAGGAUGUUAU